UGAACAAUUGCAGAGGAUGAUUUUUAUGUGACUGUUUUGUUUAUGAGGUUGGUAAUUCCGCUGGUGUUUCAAUAGUUUGACAAUUUAAUACUGACAAAUGAGCUACUUAUGUAAUUUCAUGCUGAGAUAAUAAAUCGUUUUUAUAAUAUUUCCAAGUAGGGGAUAUUUAGCACUUUGUUCAGUGGAUGUGAAACAAAUAUGUGACAAAAAUAUAGGUAGUUUAUACAGGGCACAUAUAUUGACAUUGUUCAGGGAAGAAAUUACGUGCAUGACAUACAUUGCAUCUGGAUUUUUGGAACUCGAGAAACACUUAGGAAAGGAAUACAUUCAUCAUUUUAGUUAAAGCCGCUGCAAGGUGGCGAUGAGGACGCAGAUGAGACCAAAAUGAACGGUAACGGAAAACACUACAUGCUGGCGGAUGGCGAAACGGUUAUCACAUUCGAACCCGAUGGUCGCGCCACCCGGUCAUCAUCUGCUUGCUGUGGACGGACGCCACUGGAAGUUGCAUUGCUUCUCAUCAGCUUCAUCUCUGUGGGUGUGUCAAUCGCUCUUGUUAUUAUCUUAGCUACGAGGCCUGCUCAGGAGACAAUACGGGAAAUCACCAUAACUGAGACUGACAUCUUAAGCAGCCAUUACGACGGCACUGAGACAGGAAACGUGCAGAACUUGUGCCUUACUGAAGACUGCGUGAAAGCCGCUGCCCGUCUGAUGGAAUCCAUGGAUGCGACUGUAAAUCCGUGUGACGACUUCUUUGAGUACGCCUGCGGAUCGUGGAACAAGGUGAAUGAGAUACCAGAGGAUAAAACCAGUCACGACACCUUCACCAAACUCCGCGAUAACAUACAGCUCCAAAUCAAAGAUUUAUUAGAACAACCGAUUUCGAAAGAAGACAAUGAGGGUACAAUCAAGUCCAAGCGACUGUAUGUUUCCUGUACAAAUGAGACUUUAAUUGAUGAGCGUGACCUCAACCCGGCGCUUGAUUUCCUGGAUGAGCUGGGGGGUUGGCCCGUGGCGGAAGGGGAAGAUUGGAGAGAGGACGAGUUUGAUCUCAUCGAGCUUCUCGCCAAACUGAGACUGUACAACAAUAAGAUACUGUUAGACCAGUGGGUUGGGUCUGAUGAUAAAAACUCUGAAAGAUACAUCAUUCAGGUUGACCAACCAGAACUCGGUAUGUCUUCACGUGAUUAUUACACGAAGGGUGUGGAUGAUCCACACAUCAAGGCGUACAUGCAAUACGCCACGGACGUCGCCAUUUUGUUCGGCGCAAACUCCACGAUAGCGAAAAAGGAGAUGCUCGAUAUGAUACGACUUGAGAUGAAAAUUGCGAAUUUUACCAUUCCCCAAGAGGACCGACGAGACAGUGAGGCACUUUACAAUAAAAUGACCAUCGCCGAGUUACAACAAAUGAUUCCGAACUUUGAGUGGGUCCGAUAUUUACAAGGCAUAUUUUCAAGGGUGGGUCUGAAUAUCGCCGAAAGUGAAGAAAUUGUUGUUUAUGCACCCGAGUAUCUGGCAAACAUGGCCACCUUGGUUCAAGAAACCGAUAAACGAACUUUGGCAAACUACCUGAUAUGGCGAAUAAUGAUGAACAGGAUCGAGAAUCUGCCAAAUAAGUACAGAGACCUAGACAGCGAAUACCACAAGAUUCUGUACGGGUCACGUAGCGAGACGUCGAGAUGGCGGUACUGCGUUACGUACGUUAAUAACAACCUGGGAAAUGCUGUUGGCCGCCUCUUCAUCAACAAGCAUUUCGACGAAACCGCGAAACAGAGUGCUUUAGAGAUGAUUAAGGAUAUUCGAAUUGCUUUUAACGAGCUGCUGUCGGAGGUUGAUUGGAUGGACGAAAAGACGCGAGAACUCGCGAAGGAAAAGGCAGAUGCCAUGGCAGUCCAGAUCGGUUACCCUUCCUAUAUUUUAAACGACACGGUCCUCAACGAGGAGUAUAAACAUGUGGACUUUCGGCCAGACACGUACUUUGAAAAUAUUCUGGAGAAUAUUCAUGGAAUAGCAAUAAGUAACCUGGAAAUGAUCCAUAAACCAGUGGAUAGAAACCUGUGGUCUACAUAUCCAGCAGUUGUCAACGCCUUCUACAGCUCUGCAAAGAAUCAAAUCAUUUUUCCAGCGGGAAUUCUGCAGCCCCCUUUCUACAGUAAAGGCUACCCAAAAUCCAUUAACUACGGAGGCAUUGGAAUGGUGAUAGGCCAUGAGAUAACCCACGGAUUUGACGACAGAGGACGUCAGUACGACAAGAAUGGCAACCUGAAGCAGUGGUGGGAUGACCACGUGAUCGCAGAGUUUAAGGAGCGGGCCCAGUGUAUUGUUGAUCAAUAUGGGAACUACACCAUAGAAGAUGACCUUCAGGUGAAUGGAAUACAGACCCAAGGCGAAAAUAUUGCAGACAACGGAGGCCUUAAAGAGUCGUACAAGGCCUACCAGAAGUGGAAGAAGGAUCAUGGAGGGUCGGAACCCAAACUGCCUGGCCUCACCAACCUCAACAAUGACCAACUGUUUUUCCUUAACUUUGCUCAGGUGUGGUGCGGAUCAACCCGACCAGAGUCGAUGAUGAACAGAAUACUGACAGGAGUACACAGUCCAAGAAAAUAUCGGGUGAUUGGCACCUUGCAGAAUUCGAUGGACUUUAGGGACGUAUUUCAGUGCCCUGUCGGGUCUCACAUGGCCCCCAAGAACACAUGCAAGGUGUGGUAACAUUUUCUGUGCCAAGAGAGUCAAAUAGAAGGAACAGUUUGAAGAAUGGUACACGCGAACUGUUUUGUAUUACCGAAAUCAGUGGUUGUUUUCGGUGUAAAGCGGUUAUGAACUGUGUUAAAGUGAUUGUUUUACUUAAAAGUAUGAUCAUAUAAACUAUUCAGCAAUGUUGUUAAAACGGCGAGUGUUAGUGUUAUUAAACUCGGAAUUCACAUUGAGUUCAACAGAAUACUUACGAUCUAUAUUUAGAAAGAGGGAAGAUUAUUGAUAUAUCACUGUUAUUUUUUUCAUUGUAAACGAUGUGUUGAUGGUGAUGUGGAGCCGAAAUGCUUACUUUUAGUGGUAGAACGGCAUUGGUUUUGGGUUCGGAAUAGAGUAUGACCCGGGCUACAAUGUUGUAAUUAUUUUCACACUUAUUGAUGAUACAUGUAACAACUGUUACAUUUUUUAAUAUAUUGUGUUGGUUUAUUUAACGUCACAUAAAAGCGUUCGCCCCUCAAAAUAUACAGGAAAUAUACUAUGGUAUAAACAGCAUUUGUAUUCAUAGCUCAUUCGUAUGAGAAUAAUUUUUCUUUCUUUUUCAUCAGGAAGAAGCAUUUUUGUGCUGAAAUCUCACUAUACGAGCAUAGCAUUGUGUUCACUUAUUCUUGCCUUUUUGUCGAAAAACAUUAUGAAAGUAAGUUCCAGGAUCCAGAAUUUACAAAUACAAAUGCACACUGAAUCUUAAAGUCUGAGGUAUUUUGUUGUAUUGUUGUUUGAUGAAGAUAAAUUUGUGUGAGUAUUCUUGUCAUUUUCUUGCUGAAAUAUCGGGCACUCCAACGAACCCCGUUACUAAAGGCGUUAAAGCUAUCAAGAAGUCAUAUAGGUAUGACACCUUAUUCUGUAUAUAUUGUAAAACAAGAACACUUCCGAUGAAUUUAGAUUUGUGUUUUCAAUGCAAUGCCAAAAGAUUAUAUUCUACUUUUUGGAUCCUUGUACAAAUUUGAUUUAUAUCAACCGAGUUUUAUAUGAUACAGCUAUAGAUAAUAAAAAAUCAAUUGUUCAAAAUGUGAAUAGCACAUUAUCAUUCUUUUUUAAACUGGUGUAUAUAUCUUAUGUUUUAACCAUAUUUAAUAUUAUAUGUAUUGUCAAUUAUAUCUUAUUAUUUCAUAUGUUGUACUGUGCGUAAUGUUAGUUGUUACUCAUAUAUAGGGGUUUAAUUCCUGAAUUAUCAAAACAGAUAAUAAAAUAACACUGGGAACAUCUUACCAAUGCGUCUAUCUUUAUAAGCUUUUUUCGAAUAGAUACUUCUCAGUAGUUUAAAUAUAUAUGUUUAUGCAGACAUAAGUUAAAAAAGUAAGCCCUGGUGGUAAAAUAGACAUACUGAACUAUACUCUAUGGACCUCUUUUGGGUGAAUCGUCCGCAUCGAUCGAAGUAAAAUUAAUAGUAAACUCAUCAAUUGAUUUUUUUUUUCGUUUACCCAUACAAAAAUGCAAACACCAAAAACUACCGGUCAGUAGAAGCGAAGUUUAUUUGAUUUUGCAAUUAAAGUUUAAAAUUCGAAUUCAGUGACACUCGCUUAAUACGCAAUAAAAUUUUUGAUGUAACAAUAUUUUGUCAGGUUUUGUCAGGUUUGUUGGUAAGAUGGUCAUAGUGUCUCUGCGACUAUUGUCUGCACCAAUAUUCAUUCAUACGGGUUUUAGCAUAACAUUAUUAAUUCAGCGUUUCAUUAUUUUAAUCUACAGUCGUUUAGCUUAGUCAUAUUUGUAAUGUACACAUUUUGAGUAAACAGCAAACCAGUAUUUUUGAAUUACGAUUAGGCUUUUGAACUGUUACAAUUAACUAAAAGUAAAGGUUUCAUAGUGAUUUCAAACUGUGAUGCUAUUGAUUCAACCCUAAUUAUAGAUAGUUUAAUUCCUGGAACCUUCUACCAAUAGUUAUGCACAUAGCAGAGUUAAAGAAAGGGUCAAUAAUCAAUAAAUUGUACUACUGUUGUUGUCGUUAGUUUUAUUAAAGUUUGAUAUAAAAAGCAUGCAAAAAUAUACAAACAAAUGAAUUGUAAUAAAAUAAUAUUGUAAAUAAAGUAUAAAAGUUA